UCGUCCUUGAAAUCCCAGCCACCUUGCCAUUGGCUAAGAAGACCCCGGCUUAGCUGCGGAUUGGCUACCGAGGAGGGCUUGAAAGGUGGCUGAGCGCCUCGGACACCUCAGACGGACGGUGGCCAUCCCGAGACGCGCUCCAGCCCGCCAUGGCCCGGUUCUUUCGGGCUUCCUGCCUUCUGUCCCUGCUCCUGGCCGGGUUCGUUCCGCCGGGCCGGGGACAAGAGAAGUCCAAGAUGGACUGCCAUGGAGGCAUGAGUGGUACCAUCUAUGAAUAUGGGGCCCUCACCAUCGACGGGGAGGAAUACAUUCCUUUUAAGCAGUAUGCCGGAAAAUAUGUCCUCUUUGUCAACGUAGCCAGUUACUGAGGUCUGACAGACCAAUAUCUUGAACUGAAUGCACUACAGGAAGAACUUGGGCCAUUCGGCCUUGUCAUUCUGGGCUUCCCCUGCAACCAAUUUGGCAAACAGGAGCCGGGCGAGAACUCAGAGAUCCUACCCAGCCUCAAGUAUGUCCGGCCAGGUGGGGGCUUCGUCCCUAACUUCCAGCUCUUUGAGAAAGGAGAUGUGAACGGGGAGAAGGAGCAGAAAUUCUACACCUUCUUGAAGAACUCCUGUCCUCCCACUGCGGAGCUGCUGGGCUCACCUGACCGCCUCUUUUGGGAACCCAUGAAGAUCCAUGACAUCCGCUGGAACUUUGAGAAGUUCCUGGUGGGGCCGGAUGGCAUACCUAUUAUGCGCUGGUACCACCGGACCACAGUCAGCAACGUCAAGAUGGACAUCCUGUCCUACAUGAGGCGGCAGGCAGCCCUGGGGAACAGAUGGAAGUAGCUGACGCUCCUUACCCCACCCCUGUCCAUCAUGCAAGGGCUGGAGAGGGCUCUUCAGGAAGAACCCACAUUCUCAAUCAUUCUACACACACCCCAGGCCCCUUUCUUGUUACAUAAGACAAGCCUUGCACAAGUGUUGUGUCUGUGCCGCUGCACACAUGACAGUCGUGCCAGUGUGUGCAUGGCCGCACAGCCGUGUGCCUGCCUGCCUGAUACCCAGGGAUGGACACCUGUGCUCACAGCUUGGUACUGGGGAACUAUACAUUUAUAUUUUUUCCAGCUUUCUGUUCCAAAUGAGCCCGGCGGAAACACCAGUGCUGGGUCCAAUAGUCCUGCUCAAACCUGGACAUCACCCUUGGGGCCAGCAUCCCCCACAUGCCCACACUUAAGUCCCUACACACAUCUGGAUUCCCUCCACUGCCAGCCUCCUUCAUCCUUCCUGAAGGGCCCUCCCAAGUCCCCAACCCCAUCCCACAGUGUUCCUGAGAACAGCCAAGGCAACCGUGAGUGUGAUAGCCAUGUACCCCAAGUCAGGGGUGGUGUCUCCAUGAAGGAGGGGCCCGAAGCCCUUGUGGGCGGGCCUCCCCUGAACCUGUUUGUGGGGCCAGCCCUUAGUGCAUUCAGGCUUAGGCUCCCAGGCAGAGAUACCCGCCCUGCUCCUCUGGAGGACAUGCUGUUCUCUCACUUUGUCCACUGGCAUCUCACACCCCGUCUGCCCAGUAAAGGCUUUUCUGCAGCAGCUUA